AUGCAUAUCCAACCAAUUCCCAUGUGGGUCGGCAGUAGCAACAACUACGCCUACCUAGUCGUCGAUGACAAGUCCCGUGAUGCGUUCAUUGUCGACCCGGCGAACCCGCCCGAGGUCGCUCCGAUUCUGAAGGAAGCCAUCAAGGCCUCCAACAUCAAACUCACGGCCAUUGUCAACACGCACCACCACUGGGAUCAUGCGGGCGGCAACAAGAAGCUCCUUGCCGAGCUGGACAUGCCGCAGCUGAAGAUUAUCGGCGGAAAGAACUGCGAGGGCGUCACCGCAACACCCAAGCACGGCGAGGAGUUCAAGCUGGGCGACAUCACGGUGCGGUCGGUGCACACGCCGUGCCACACGCAGGACAGCAUCUGCUUCUUCAUGGAGGACUCGACUGGCAAGGCCGUCUUCACCGGCGACACCCUCUUCAUCAGCGGCUGCGGCAAGUUUUUCGAGGGCUCGGCGGCCGAGAUGCACGAGGCUCUGAACGUGCGACUUGCGUCGCUGCCGGACGAAACCGUCGUUUAUCCGGGCCACGAGUACACGAGGUCCAACGUAAAGUUCGCCCUCUCGGUCCAGCAAAGCGAGGCAGUCAAGCAGCUCCGUGACUUUGCCGAGAGCAACGAGGUGACUACGGGCAAGUUUACCAUUGGCGAUGAAAAGAAGCACAACCUCUUCAUGCGCGUCGAGGAUCCCGAGAUUCAGCAGUCGACGGGCGCAACCGACCCGGUCGAGGUCAUGCAAAAGCUACGAGAGAUGAAGAACAACUUCAAGUGA